ACCCCAGCUACAGAGAUAAGGUCUGCUGUCUACUUUUAUUAUUUUUUUGAAACUCUUCAUCCUGUAUACAAUGACGCCUUUCCACAUUGCGUUGUGAAUUAAAAUACUAAAUAUGUUGAUUACAUAAUUAAAUUUUUAAAGAAAAUACGUAUUAAAAUGGAUAUACUGUCUGAAACAGCAGUACUUUUCUCAUCGUUUUACAACCCUACCAACUACUCAAAACUGAUUUGGGACAAUGAAACCAAACACAUCUUUAAAGAUGAGCUUGUACAACAGAAAUACCCUUUCUUUCUUCUUGGUUGGGUGUUUUUCGGAGCAUUUAUGACUGGAUUCUUUAUCCAUAUUUUUUACGCGUUCGUCAUCAGGCGAGUCUUUCUAGAUGACAAUGACUGGGACAGCACAGAUGGGCAUUUCAACCCUGCUUACGUUGAUGACGAAUCACGACCUCCGGAGAAUGACCAUCCUCCUGAUUACGACUCCGUAAUGUCCGCAGCUAGUGCUAAUGAAGUCACUCGAAAUCAGCGUUUCGUGGACUUCUUGCGUCAAUUAGUGCCAAAGAAGGAGACAGUUAAAGAAGAUACUCAUUCAGAAGAAAGCCCUCCCAGUUAUUCUUCAGCUCUUGCUAAUUUGCAAUGCGAGAUAAGCAGUUCAUAAACAUGUUGAACUUAAUUUAUUUAUAUUUUACAUGAAUAAGCCGUGAUAUUAUUUGAAAAAUGUGAACUAUGUUAAAUAGACGUGUUAAGUUACAUUUAAAAUAUAAACUUCCGGGCCAAAAGUGUCCGGACACCCAGUAAUAUGGACUUAGAACGUCCUGAAGUACAUAUUAAUAUGAUGUUGGCGCCCUUUUUGCAUCGACGACAGCCUGGACACAUAUGCACCUGAUUUUCCACCAGUUUGUGAUAAGUGGCCAUAGGAAUUGACUUCCAGUAUUCCAUCACAGCUUAAGUGAGUGCUUGUGGUGAGGAUGGUUGAUUUGGCUGGCUACGUAAUCUGAGACUUUAAUUCGUCCCAAAGGUGUUCUAUAGGAUUUAGAUUGGGGCUCUGAGAUGGUCAGUUCCGUUUUGGAAUACCCAUAUCGUCAAACCAUGUCUGUGCAAGCCUCGGUGUGUAAAUGGAGCAGUUAUCCCGAUGGAAGAGAAAUGGGCCAUCCCCGAAAUAUUGCCAUAGAGUUGGGAGUGCAGCAUUGUACAGAAUGCCCACACACAUCUCAGAGUUCAUGUUUCCAACCACAGGAAUGAACGGAUCCAGUCCAUCCAAUGAGAAACACCCCCACACCAUUAUGGUUCCACCACCGUAACAACUGGGUGACCGGAUACUUUUGACUCACUAAAUAUUAGAAUAUGUUGAAAAAGUUGAAGUACAUUAAAUACACUAGUGAAAGCAAGAAAAAGUUGUUAACUAUAAUGAUUAAGUAGUCUGCAAAAUCUUAUAACUCUAAAUUGAUAUCUUCUGCUGUCUCAAUAAGUCAAAAGUUAAAAUUUGACAUCAAAUUCAUAAGAUAUAGAUUUCGUUACAAUAUGCUUAAAAAUUACCAUUUCAUAAUAAGAACAGUUAUACACAACUUUAGAAUUGAGUACUUUUUUUAAUUUUAUAACCAGCACCCAAUUCUGAGUUCAUGACCAUCAGUGUUCAAUUCUGAAGCCAUGUAAUUUUAAGCCUGAUCCAGAAGAAAAGAGAACUCUUGGAUCAAACUAGCCUUUGCGGACAUUUUGACGGUAGUAACUCGAAUUUGUAUAACAGGGGAGAAAAAAAUUAAACAGCCCACGGUUAACCUGACGACAAGGAGAUUCUUACCCAUAACCCAUCUACCACUGAGGAUAUUUUAAGUCAGCACUGUGGUUCGGUGUUAGCCAGAAGCAGACCCAACCGCUCUCAGGAUUUGAAACGGCGUCACCUCAUUGGGAGGUGCACACUAUAUGCCCAGAGACACAGAAUUAGUUACUUGUAACUAAUCAAAUAGUUGUGUCUAAGUACGUGAUUUUGCUGGUCUGUUAACAUAACAACUUUAAAGCUUUGGCUUAUUAUCACAAUGAAUUAAUUUUCAGAUUAGAUUCGGUUGAAUAUCUGCAAGUGCUGUCGUGCGUGUGUGUCAAACUUGAUUGGCUGACCCCCGUGUGACAUUGCUCGCAAGAAUCCAAUUAUAACUUAAUAUUUUGUGCCACAGCAACAGCAACAAAAGUUUGGAUUGAUUCAUUGUAAAUAGAGAAUUGUAUUUUCUGUAUUGGUAUUUUCAGUCACCUCGAUGGAUCAAUCCACACUUGUUGAAACAACAGAAGAAAAUAAGCUUGGUCUCCAAAGUUCUACACAGAUGUAUUUAUUAAAGCUAGAUUAAUAAACAUUUGUUUCACAGACGGCGCCAAGUAUGUAAAGACUUGUAAGUUUAAAAGUGAAACUAAGAUGAACUUCUAAGAAACUUUUUAGAUUGUUAAAUAAUUAGUAUUGCGCUUGUCGCAUUUUGCUAGUGUUCAGUGGCCAUUUUUUAAAACAUAUAGCCCCUUAAUAAAAAAUUCUUUACACUUCUAGAUUAAGUCAUGACUUUUGAAGCAUUCUAAAAAUGUGGUAAACAUUAUAAGGCUCAAUAUUGAAAAAACAAACUUGAAAUAAAGGAAUAUUCUGAUUAUAAAAUAUUCAUAGUAAUUUCACAUUUGUUAAAAAAUUUAAAAAUUCAUUUGGGGUGCAUUUUUGACUAAAAAAUGGCAAUUGGGUGGCAACUGGCAGACAAUUUUUUAACCGCCACUCACUAUAUUUAGUUACUUUGUGGCUGGUAGCAGCAGCUCAUUUUGCUCGAUAUGAGUAGGUUGUCCCUCAGACGAAUAAAACAUUUUCCAUUCAUGCUUAUAAACAUAAACAGAUUUUUAAUUUAAACUGUCCAAUUCAUAAGCAUAUCUGUGAGACGAAUGUUUGCAAACUCAGGGUUAAGAAACAGUACUUUUUAGUGUCAUUGCAAGGCGAUCAACAAAAUUUUAAACUUUUUGAAUUUUAAGCCUUUUUAAAGAAAUUUUCACACCUUUUGACUCAUUAAGAAUAUCAAUUCAUAAUUAUAAAAUUUUAAAUAUUUCUGCAUGAUGAUUGUUGGCCAUUCUUCCAUAUUACGAUAAAGAGAUUUCAAACGCUUCCAUUUUUUUUAUCCAUCCCAUUAAAUAUGCUAAUUAUAUAGUUCAGAUAUUUCUAGUACCCCCCUCCCAUUCUUUUAUAUUACGCUGAGAUUUUUCAAAAAAUGAAGCACGUUUAAAUGAAUUUUUUUUUUAUUUUUCAAUAUAUUUUGCGAUAAAGGAAUAUAAUAUUUGUAAGGCGAAAAUAUAGUACAAAUGGGGUAUUGGAAAUCACAUAUUAAACUUUUUCUUCUUCAUCAUCAGACUCAGAACCCUACAAAAAAAAAAAUAAUAAUAAUAAUAAUAAAUACAAAGUUUUAAAUACCAUGCAUUAGAUUUUAAGUAGGAUCAGUCACAAUUAUUAACAUAAAGCUUGCUUAGUAUGUUGUUAUUGUUAGAAAUAAAAGCUUAGUUUACACAAUUAGAAAAAAAAAAAUUUGUAAGAUAAGACACAAUUUUCAAGAAAAUAAAAAGUGUUUAUUUUUCAACUUGCACAAAUAAUAAGAAACCUUUUUCUUAUGAAAAAUUAAUAGAUCUCUUCUUAUGAAGUUAAGUUUAAUAACUUGUGAAACAAAAUACUAAAUUGAUGUUAUUCAAUUGACCAUUUAAGUGCAAAACUACAAUGAAAAAAAUCAUUAUCAUGAAAUGACUUUAGUCACUCACAUUUUAA